AUGGACGUAACUAAGAUUUCUGAGCGCCUCCGAACCAUAGUCAACUACGUAGCUGGGCAAGAUAUUAAGCUCACUGUAGAUCCAGGACUUGUAGGAGCUAAUGCUAAAUACCUUGGCAGAGUCAGUUCUCUUCUCCCUGAAAGUCCAUUAGAUCAAGCAUUCGCAAACCAGUGGAUUCACAGCAUCUCAAGCACAACCCCAUUUUUGUCGACCAAAGAAGGCAUUGCAGCUUUUUCUGAAACAUGCGAGAAACUCUUACUCUCUCCAAUCCCAUAAUUCUUUAACCAUAACUUCCUCUGUAAGAGAGUAGAACUAUUUUAAAAUCUAACAUUUUGGGAAAUUAAUCUCCGAAAAUUAUUUUUAACAUAAGCAUUUUAUAUAAAAUAUUUGUAUAUAUAAUAAUAAUCAAUAAAUUUUAAACGGUUUGCAUUCUGAAACAUAAAAUUUAAAAUUAAAUUACAUUUUACUUUCAAAAUUUUGGAAAUAUAUUUUUUGACAUUUCCGAAAACAAAUUUUAAAUAUAUAUAACAUGCAAAUAUUUCAUUAAUACUAAAAAAUCACAAAUUUAAGCAUAAAUAUUGAUAUAUUUUCGAUAAUAUCAGAAAAAAUAGGAUGAUUGUUAUAGAGGAAUUAGCAAAAACUAAAUCUUAUGCUGUAGGAACUUCCCUCACAAUUGUUGAUUUAUUAGUCACUGCAAUUGGCAUUGAGGCAGAUCUUUUCAAAUAUCCACCCACCCAGCAAAAGAAGCUAGCCAAAUACUUAAACACUCUUAGAGCGGACAGUACCCUCAAACUCAUUAUUCCUGCAGCAGAAGCCCAAACAGGACAAGGAAGAAAGCAAUUCAUCAUUCCAAAUGGCACAGGAGGAAGAACUCGAGUGGACUACAUUUUAAGCAACUCAGACCUGGUCGGACAAAUUGUGACUGUAAAAGGUUGGGCUAGAACCGUCAGAAUCCAAGGGAAUGGCAGCUUUGCAUUUGUCGAAGUCAAUGAUGGCUCAACUGUAAAAGGCAUCCAAGUCAUUGUCAACAAUGCUUUUCCAGACUUCUCUAACCUCAAAGGUACAGGGAUUUCAGUAUCUUGCAAAGGACUUUUAGUCGAAAGCCCAGGUGGUGAGCAAAGUGUUGAAAUGCAAGUUCAAGACCCAUCUCAGCACGAGUUCAAAAUCAUUGGAGACUGUGACCAAACUGCUUUCCCAAUCUCCAAGAAGAACCACACCCCAGAAUUUUUACGUGAAAAUGCUCACUUAAGAACUCGCACAAAUUUAAUUGGAGCCAUUGCAAGAAUAAGAAACGCCUUGGCUUUUGCAACUCACAUGUUCUUUAACUCAAGAGGGUUCCUAUAUGUCCACACUCCACUUAUAACAGCUUCUGACUGUGAAGGUGCUGGGGAACUUUUCCAAGUUUCGACAAUUCUUAAGUCAAAAGUUGCAGAUAUCAAGCAAAAAGAUGGAAUGGUUGACUACUCACAAGACUUCUUUGGAAAGCCAGCAUUUUUGACUUGCUCAGGACAGCUGAAUGUUGAGGCCUAUUGCUCCGCUUUAUCCGAUGUCUACACGUUUGGACCUACCUUCAGAGCAGAAAAUUCGCACACCACAAGGCAUUUAUCAGAGUUCUGGAUGAUCGAGCCUGAAAUGGCAUGGGCUCAGCUUGAAGACAACAUGGAAUGCGCCGAAAGCUACUUGAAGUUCUGUCUUCAAUAUGCAAUCGACAACUGCUAUGCUGAUCUCGAAUUCUUCGACAAGUUCGUUGAAAAAGGCUUAAUCGACAGACUCAGAAACGUCCUAGAAAAGCCAUUUGCAAGAAUUUCCUACACUGAAGCCGUUGACAUUAUCCAUAAAUGUGGAAAGCAGUUCAAGAUUAUGCCACAAUGGGGUGAUGAUUUGAACUCAGAGCACGAAAGAUAUAUAGCUGAAGAAGUCAUUAAAGGCCCUGUCAUCGUGUUUAACUACCCUAAAGUACUCAAGGCAUUUUACAUGAAAGUCAAUGAUGAUGAUGCUACUGUGCAAGCAAUGGAUAUUUUAGUACCAAAGAUUGGAGAAGUCAUUGGAGGUAGUGUGAGAGAAGAUAGACUGGAAAGACUUGACCAAAUGAUUCUUAACUUAACUUAACUUAACUUAAUUAUUCGGUGUUUAAGGUGUCUAGUGCUGCAGUCCUAAAAUGGAACUUUUAGCUAACUAGUGACGGCACGGAGCCAUUUUGGAAUCGUGGUGGUCAGCCCAACCAGCCAAGCCUUCUAUCGACGCUUCACCCCUAGCCGCUGCACAUCUCACCCGGCGCAUUGCCGUCGCUCUGCCUUGACUCAGCUCCUGCGCGUGCUCCACCUAAGGGUCUUCUUUCCGUGGAGAAGUGCUGAGGGGUAAAACUCCGAGAUCUUGAACGCACUGAGGAGCUGUUCCUUUGGUUAUCCCCAAAGUUAAGAUUAAGAUUAAGAUUACGCUGGGUAUUUAAGGUCCCUACUACGUCCGAGGUCGCAUGCCACGGUUUCCCGUGUGGUGGCAGAGCGUUCACCAAGCCCGGGCCGAAACCCCCGGUUUCUCGGUAGAGGUAUUGUCAAGGGCCGUCUCAUACCGGCUUUGCUGACCACCUCCAUUUCCAACUUGGAUCGUCGCCUAAGUUUACGCCAACUCCGCUUCGUCGUCCGCCAGAUCUGCCCAUUGAAGGGCACCUUUUCAACUGGAGAGACCCCCGUUUUGGUGUCUAACUCGCCUCCCCUCUUUUCCGGUCAUCCCGAGAAAGAACUCAACAGCUUUCGCCAUUCGGGGCGAGCCACUAAAGCAGCUUAGGCAGGUAAGUCACCCUGCCUCAUUUCGGGCACUCACUGGGCUGAGCGCUGCUGGCAAAAAGAAGUCACGAAUAACUGCCCAUGGGUCUGGUCGCAAAAACAGCGGCUCUCGCGCUUAGGCCUCUCGCUUCGAGGUCCCAGACGUUGUUGGGCUAAUUCCUGGCUCCAAAAACCAUGCCCGGGUAUACAUGGGUAACCACCACUGAGAGGGUGGGUCGGUCGCCAUACGCCAUUUUAUGUAUAUUAUCCCCAAAGUUAAACAGCUAUUGCUGUGCAGAAGUUCUCAAGAGAAAAGCCAACUCCAUAAAUAAAAUUCCAUGAGGGAGAGAAAAUUAGGGAGCUAAUUUCUCUCGAACCGAAUGCCAUUUUUAUUUAUGACCAAAUGAUUCAGUUCAAGAACUUGGAUAAAGAAAGCUACUGGUGGUAUAGAGAUUUCAGAAAGUAUGGAAGUGUACCUCAUGCUGGAUUUGGCUUACUCCCCCCCUCCGUUAGCGAAAAAAAAAUCUUGUUCGCUCACGGGUGGGGGUUAAUUUUUUUUUUCUUAAAAAAUUUAUAUAGAAAUUUUUUUUUUCGAAAUUUAAAAAUAUCACAGCUUCGCAAAAAUUGGAAAGCAAUUAUCAAUUUAAUUUGUAAAAUUUAUGAUUUAAAACGCAAUCUGUUUAAAAUUAAACAGAAUUAGCUCGAGAUUUCAUGAUAAUAAUUAUCACUGAUAUAUAAAUUUUUUUCGCUCACAGAGGUGGUGGUUUUUUGGGGAUUUUUCUAAUGGUUUUGUUCGUUCACGGAGGGGGAGCUAGGGUUUGAAAGACUUGUCAUGAUGGUCACUGGAGUCGAAAACAUCAGGGAUGUCAUCCCGUUCCCAAGAUGGCCUGGACAUGCUGAAUUCUAACUCCCCUUUAUAUAGGGACAAAUAUCGUAAAAUUUCAAUUUUUUGGUAAAAUGAUAAAUUAAACAUAAAUAGUUAAAACCAUGAACUUAACGUGUAAAUAGAAUAAUAUUGACAAAUUGAGCUCUUUAAAUCAAUAAAUUUAUAAAAUAAAUUUUUAAGUAAUCCUAUAAAUUGGAACUUUUUUCCAAUUUAAUGGUGGAGUAA